AUGCGAGGCAGUUUUGCGAUUCGUUUCGUGAUUCUAAAGAUCACAUUCGCCUACAGACAUACUAUUCGAGCUGCUCCUAUCUGAUCUCAUAGCUGUGAAAAGGAAUUCUAAGACAUCAAGUCAAUUGACACUCCCAAUGGCGCCUCUAUCCCCCGCCGAAGCUCUACAAAAAAUCCAAGAACUCCAGAACGGACAAGAUGCGGAAUCGAAUAUACUCGCAAUCCUUCGAAUAAGUGAACCGAUAACGUCCUCAUUAGACGUUGACGGAAUACCCAGGUCACCUUCAAAACGCGCUUCGGACGCAUCUAUAGUCUCUGAUGAGAAUCCGACGCCAGCUUCAUUGGAGGCUGAUUUGACACAUUAUAAGGAACUGUUCUCCAAACUCCGCUUCUCAUACCUAGAACAAGUCACAAAAGAGAAAUUUCUGCGCGGAAUUGUUGGUGAUCCGCCACUGGUUGUCGGUCAUAAUGAGAAUGUGGAAUUGGAGACGACAUUAGCAGAAGUGAAGCAACAGCUACAACAGCGCAAGGAGGAGGUGAGGGUUAUGGUGGAAGAGAUGGAGAAGACUGGGAGGGAAUUGGCUAGGAGAUAUAAAAACGCGCAAAUCGAAACGACCAAAUUAUCAGAACUACCUGCAGAAAUCGCCCAAUUGGAGCAGACAAUUGCUUCUUUAAAACAGUCUCAAGCAGCGUAUGCAGCAGCCUCGGAUACAGGAAACUCUUCCGCUUCCUCAUCGCAGAACCUGUCGCUACCGGCGACGUUAAAGCUACUAGCCGAGCGUGAAGCAGAAUUGGCUGCUAUAGAUAGACAAAUGGCCUCUUUACAGAAUACCUUACCCCGAAAAACGCGCGAGGCAGAGGCUAUGGAGAGAGAGCUUAGCGUCUUGGAGCGCCGAAAGUCUGAAGCGAUAGGCCAGGCGCGGGAAGCGGAGAGGAAAAAACUCGAAGGAGAGAGUGACGGACUGGAAGAAAUGGGACGAUGGUAUCGGGUUGCGGAGGCUACAUUGAAAAAGUUGAUUGAUGUUGAGAAUUGAUUCAUUCUCUUUGGUGGAUAUUGUAUUAUUAUGACUCAUGACAGGCGCAAGGAGUUUCUGAGGAUAUGGAGAAGAACUUUGUGAAGUACUAUGAUCUACAAAUCACAUAUUGAAUCUCUGAAAGUGGAGCUACGUUCGUAGCAAGUUCAUAUUGAAUCGUGAUCAUACAGCAUGCUAUCCCUUGAUGCAAUAGAAAACACUCAGAGAUCCCAUAAAAAGACUUUUUAUUGUUAUUUGCUAAUCCUUUACUCUUCCUCCUCCUCUUCCUCGCCGUCACCACCCUCGGCGGCACGGGCCUUCUUGCGUCGGACACGACCAGGGCGACCGCCACCGAGGGGAGAGGUGAGAGCGAAGUCGAUGUGCUUCUGGGAAUCGAGACGGACCAUGUAGGAGGGGACGUUGACGAUCUGCUUUCCG